AGGUCUGUUUGCUUUGACAUUACAACAGAGAAGUGUUUCACUCCCUCUCUUUCUGCUGAAAUCACACAUUCGUUUUUUCUUAUUCUAGCUUCUGUACCAGUCUGAUCAUUUGGUGAUGAGUUUUGUGACAGUCCAGUCUGUGAACAUCAUGACAGACAUCAUGUUACUGAGUCUCCUCUUUAUUCCAAACACUUUGGCUGCUUGUCCUCCAAACACACGCCUGUUCAUCACUGCACCAACAGAGAUGGAAGCUCUGAGUGGAUCAUGUUUACAAAUCCCAUGUAACUUUAGUGCUGCUGGCCCAGAAAAGUUUGACAGCACAAGACCCGUCUUUGCAGUGUGGAUUAGAAACGAUAACAACUUUAAUCCUGAUCCAGAAAAUGUGAUCUUUAACAGCAGUGGGACAGUUAACAUCUAUCCAAUGAAUAUUACAGGAAACCUGAAGGAGAAAAACUGCACCACUCUGUUUUCCAGUUUAACCACCAAUUAUACAAACACAUACUACUUCAGAAUUAUGAACUGGCCGUACAGAAGUACAGCACGUUGUGAUCCUCUUAAAAUAACAAUUAAAGAUUCUCCUUGGAGGCCCAAUAUUACAAUCUCCGGUGAUCUGAAGGAGAAGGAGUCUGUCACUAUAACCUGCUCAGCUCUCACUCCCUGUCCACACUCCCCUCCUCAACUCACCUGGAAUCUCCAACAAGACUCUCACAACAAAAUAGAGGAAAACACAGAUGGAAGCUUUACAACUAAAAUCCAGCAGACCAUCACUCUGUCAGACACACAUGAUGGAAAGAAGAUCAGCUGCUCUGCCAGAUAUCCUGUGAACCAAGGAAAAGACACCAAGACAGCAGAGACAGAAGAGACUCUCAGUGUUUCAUAUGCUCCUAAAGACACCUCAGCAUCCAUCAGUCCAUCAGGUUUGGUGUCAGCAGGCAGCUGGGUGAACCUGACCUGCUCCAGCAGAGCCAAACCUCCAGUCAGCAGCUUCACCUGGUUCAAGAAGAGCAGAGAUGGAGCUGUGAAAGUAUCUGAAGGAGAGAUUUACAGCUUCAAUGUAACAGAUGGAGGAGUUUAUUACUGUGUGGCCACUAAUGAUCUGGGUAAUCAGACAUCAGCAGAGAUUAACGUGACUGCUGGAGAUGAUCUGUUUGGUGUCAACACUGUCUUCAUUACGCUAGUGAAGACUGUGGGAAUCAUACUGCUUGUGAGCACAAUGGUCUUAUUUGAGUGCUGGUUUAGAUCAGGACGCUUCAACACACCAGAGACAGAAAGCGUUCACAUGAACAGAGCAGCAUCACAGUCUAAUAAUUAAAGUGUCUGCAAGAAGAGGACAAACAUCUCGGAGAUCAGCAGUGUUAACAUCUGCAUGCUGACACAAACAUCUGUAUAGUACUCAAGUAAUGUUAACAUUUGGAUGUGAACCCUUUUGUUUAAGUUAACUAACAUGUUAGGAUGACUGGACUUAACAUUUGCUGACUGCUGAUAUAAAAUAAUCACUAUCUUGAGCUUUUAUAAACAAUCAGCUGUCUGCUGCACAA